AUGGACAGCUCUCAGGCACCAUUAAUGGCGGACAACCGCGAAGGGGACGAUGUGGAGGCCGAAGAGGACAACGUCCACGAGGGACGCCUCACCAAAGACGUGGAUGCGAAUCCUGGUGUCUUUGUCGUGGCACUGACCAUUGCAGCAGGAAUCAGUGGGCUUCUUUUUGGAUACGAUACAGGUGUUAUAUCUGCUACGCUAGUGUCAAUCGGAACCUCCUUGUCUAACCGCGACCUCACAUCUAUGGACAAGUCUAUCAUUACAUCCUCAACGUCGCUCUUUGCUCUCCUCAUCUCACCCUUUUCUUCCGUGCUUGCCGACCGCCUUGGCCGCAAACGAAUUGUACUAUAUGCCGAUAUUCUGUUCAUCCUUGGAGCCGUUCUCCAGGCGAUAUGCUCCACUGUGCCUGUCAUGAUUGCCGGACGCUGCAUCAUAGGAGCAGGUGUUGGAGCGGCAAGCUUCGUGGUGCCGUUAUAUAUCGCAGAGCUGGCUCCGGCGUCGCAUCGAGGGAGGCUUGUCACAGCAACAGUCUUGUUCAUCACACUGGGACAAAUGGUUGCUUAUGUUGUCGGGUGGGCAUUCUCAGCAUAUGGCUCCAAGGAGACGGGUUGGCGGUGGAUGGUUGGACUUGGUGCUUUGCCCGCUGGAUUUCAAGCUGCCAUUGUCGUCUUCAUGCCAGAGACACCUCGUUGGCUUGUCAAGGCCGGCAAGCCAGCACAAGCCAAGACCAUCAUUCAGCGAGUCAAUGGCGGAGCAGGGACUGUGGAAGACGCAAGCGCGAUAAUCAAGGAGAUUGAAAUAGAAAUUCGCGAGGAAGAGAAUCUUGGACGACGUCGAGACCAGCAGUCUACAAGAUGGAAGUGGCUUGGAGCCUGGCGGGAUCUAUUUGGUGAAGGGAAGAACCAACGAGCCUUGGCAAUUGCAUGUUUGCUGCAAGGCCUGCAGCAGCUGUGUGGAUUUAAUUCUCUCAUGUACUUUUCAGCCACCAUCUUUACUGCUGUUGGCUUCAGUAGUCCAACAUUAACAUCACUGACUGUCGCAGUCACCAACUUUGUGUUCACAUUGGUGGCACUGGGACUCGUUGAUCGAAUAGGAAGACGGCGAGUCUUGCUGUAUUCCAUACCGUUUAUGAUUUUGGGCUUAAAUCUGGCAGUCAAUGGGCAGCAUACGUGA